AUGGGGCUCAUGGGGCUGGUGGGGGAGAAGGUGGACGCCAUACAGCACUACCAGGACAAGCUCGAAGAGAUCUGUGACGAGAUCAUAGCGGAGCGAGAGCGGGUGAUCAGCGACCCAGCCAGCACCAUGCCAGCGGCCUUCGUCUCCUUCUCCUCGCGCUGGGGCGCUGCAGUCGCCGCCCAGACCCUCCAAUCAAAGAACAGCUCGCACUGGAUCACGCAGUGGGCCCCCGAGCAGCGCGACGUGAAGUGGAGCAACCUGCCCAUCCCGUACGAGCAGCUGGCGGUGCGCCGUGUGCUCGUACUGCUGGCAGCGGCUGCCAUCGUGUUCUUCUACACCAUCCCUGUCGGCUUCGUGCAGUCGCUCGCCAACCUCGACAAGAUCAGCCGCUACCUGCCCUGGCUGCAACCCAUCCUCAGCAUGUCUGUGCCCUCGCCUCCAGUUCUUAAUUGCUCACCCCUUGCUAAACUACCUACCAUGCCCACCACCUCACAUGCCACCGAUUCUCACAUGCUGCAUGCCUCCUCACACCUCCUCCUGCCCACACCCCAUUCACAACCUCCAGUCCCCGUGGUGAACGCGCUCAUAACCGAUAUCCUCUCGGGCCUCGCCCUAAAGAUCUUCAUGGCAUUACUGCCCUAUCUCCUCAUCUUCCUCGCGUCCUUGGAGGGCCACGUGAGCCUGUCGCAGAUAGACCUGGCGGCCACGGGCAAGUACUUCUGGUUCAUCAUCGGCACUGUCUUUGUCACCAACGUCAUGGGGGGUGCGCUCAUGUCCGCCACCCACGAUCUCUCCGAACACACCACUAGGUGGGCCCUCACUCUAUCAGGUGCGCCCUCCCUCAAUCAGGUGCGCCUCCCCCCACCAGGUGCGCCCUCCCUCAAUCAGGUGCGCCUCCCCCCACCAGGUGCGCCCUCCCUCAAUCAGGUGCGCCUUUCCCCAUCAGGUGCGCCCUCCCUCAAUCAGGUGCGCCUUCCUCCCACCACCAGGUGCGCCUUCCCCCACCAGGUGCGCCCUCCCUCCAUAAGCAUACCGCAGAUCCUGGGGGCGCGCAUCCCCAUGAAGGCGACGUUCUUCAUGACCUUCACCAUGGUGGAUGGGUGGGUCGGCAUGGGGGGGGAGGCACUGCAGGUCUGGUACCUGCUGCUCUUCCAACUCAAGAAUUCUCUGUUGGUGCGCACGCCAGCGGACAGGAUAAAGGCCAUGAGAGCCCGCCCCAUCCGACUCGUCGACACGCUCUCGCAGGUGGAGCUAUACUUCCUGCUGCCCUUCGUCUACUGUGUGACCAACCCGCUCUAUCUGCCCUUCGCCCUCGCCUUCUACAUCCUUGCUUUCGUCAUUUACCGCAAUCAGAUAAUAAACGUGUACUGUCCACGGUACGAGAUGGCGGGGGCAUUCUGGCCGCACUUCCACGCGCGCCUGGUGGCGGCCAUGCUGGUGCAGCAGGUGACGCUGGGCGGCAUCCUCUCACUCAAGGACGCGCCCUCGCAGGCGUGCUGCCUCAUCCCGCUGCCAUUCGUCACCAUCAUCGUGCACUGGGCGUUCAUCCGCGGCCAGUUCCACAGCACCUUCUCCAAACUCGCCCUCGAGGAGGCGAAUCGCAAGGACACGAUAGACCGCACGGUGCACCCCAACGAGGACCCGCACUCCUUCCUCGCCCGCGCCUACCUGCACCCCUCGCUGCAGUCCGCCUUCACCAUGCUGGAUGGCGAUGAGGAGCAGGGCGGCGCAGGCGGUGACGACUCCUCCUCCUCCAAUGAUGAUGAUAAGGACGGGGAUGAGGAAGAGGGCGGUGGGAAGAAGUCGAAGCUCGCCGACCGGCACGCGCAAACUCGUCUUGUGCCGGUGAAACGGCAUCCGUUUUCCAGCAGUGCGCAGGCCUCUCCUGCUGUGCGAAUGGGUUCGGAUGGGUUGGAAGCGGUGGCAGGCACAAGCCCUCCUGCACACCUCCGUCCCAGGAGCGUGUCAGACGGGCCUGGGAGUUCAGCUUCAGCUGCUGCGGCUGCCGUGUCUGCUGUGACCUCUGCUGCUGCAGCUGCGGCUUCUGCUGCCUUUGCCGCCGCUCGCAGUGCUGCCAGCAGUGGCGCUGCUGCCUUCAGUGCUGCCAGCUCAGGCCGUGUGGCUGCUGAUGCUGACGUCAGCACCCACACACCCCAUGGCAUUCCACCUGCCAGCCGUGACCGGUCCAGUGAGGCCUCGCCGUACCACUCGUGUGAGCUCGUCUCAGUUGUGGUUGACGGCCCCGAGGACGUUUCCCAGAACGUUCCUCUCUCCGCCUCUGCAGCGCACCCAGUGGAUGAUGCGGUGGUGCAGAGGGGAGCAGCAGCAGCCAGUGAGGGGAUGACAGGUGGCAGCCGGGGGGAAAAGAGGUCAUCGCCGCAAACAGCAGGGACAGAACCGCUCUUGGCAGGGGGGGGGUGGGAAACGGGGUGGGGAUAG